AUGUGUGGCCUGCUGUGGUGCGUGCUCACGUGUGUCCUUCUGCAAAGCGAGGACCACUGGAUUGAAGGAUGGGUGUGGAAAUAUUCCUUAUGGGCCCAUAGACGAAAUGAUCCCGUGCCUUUUACACGGCAGAUUCCCACUGCUGCCUGUAAUUUAGCGUCUCUGCCAUCUCAGCAUUACCUAAAGAUGAUUAAAAAGAGCAUAAAGAUCCACCCAUUCCUUUCGCUGCUGCAUCUGCUCAGACUACAGAAGAGGCUCGCCUCUAGUGUCCUCUGCUGUGGUAAAAAGAAGGUCUGGAUGGACCCUCAUGAAACCAACGAAAUCGCCAAUGCCAACUCCCGUCAGCAAAUCAGGAAGCUGAUCAAAGAUGGCUUGAUCAUCCGGAAGCAUGUGCCUGUCCAUUGCCGAUGCCGGAAGAACACCUUGGCCCGACGGAAGGGCAGGCAUAUGGGCAUAGAGAAGUGGAAGGGUACUGCCAACGCUCGGAUGCCCGAGAAGGUGACCUGGAUCCUGCGCCGGCUUCUCAGGAGAUACCGGGAAUCUAAGAAGAUUGACUGCCAUAUAUAUCACAGCCUGUGCCUGAAGGUCAAAGGGAAUGUGUUCAAAAACAAGCGGAUUCUCAUGGAGCACAUCCACAAACUGAAGGCAGACAAGACCCGCAAGAAGCUACUGGCUGACCAGGCUGAGGCUCGCAGGUCUAAGACCAAGGAAGCACGAAAGCGCCGGGAGGAGCGCCUCCAAGCCAAGAAGGAGGAGAUCAUCAAGACUCUGUCCAAGGAGGAAGAGACCAAGAAAUGAAGCUUCCCUCGUGUCUGUACAUAGUGGCCAGGCUGUGGCCUCACGUGGAUCAGUCAUUAAAAUAAAACAAGCCUUUGUCGAAAGAAAGAAGAAAGAAAGAAAGAAAGAAAGAAAGAAAGAAAGAAAGAAA